UCAAACUCAGACUAGGAGCCCGGCCGACAGCUCGAUAUAUAGAAAAGAUGGAGGCCGAAGACGACCGUAUCGAUCACAUUGAGUCUACGGAGGUGGAGGUUAAGGGCAGCAGCGAGUUUAGUGGGAGGAGGAUGCCUAGCUUCACUCGCUACUACAAGGAAAAGCCUCGAGAGCCACAGGACUACUCUGUACUGCAAACACUGCUGUUUGCCUAUCAAUCUCUUGGAGUUGUCUAUGGAGAUCUUGGGACAUCACCGCUCUACGUUUUUAGCUCUAUUAAUCUCUCAAACCCUGAAGAGAAGGAUAUAUUGGGAAUUCUGAGCCUCAUAUUUUGGACCUUAACUCUUAUUGCUUUAGUCAAGUAUGUUUUUAUUGUUCUGCAAGCUGACGACCAUGGAGAAGGUGGUACAUUUGCAUUAUAUUCAUUGAUAUGCCAGCACGUGAAUUUGCAAACAAGAAUCACCAAGCAGAAUGCAAGGCUAGAAUCAGACACCAACUUGAGAUUCUUCAGUCAAAGAAGCACGUUGCAGUCCAGAACAAAGCAGUUCUUAGAGAAGAGUCCGAGAGCUCAAGCACUGGUGAUCUUUAUUGUUCUGUUUGGAACUUGCAUGCUUAUUGGUGAUGGAGCUCUAACUCCUGCAAUCUCAGUGUUAUCUGCUGUCCAAGGUAUCCAGAAGAGAUCCUCAAAGAUUGACCAAAUGGAUGUGGUUCUGAUAUCAAUUGCAAUUCUAUUGGUACUUUUUCUUUUCCAAAGCUAUGGCAGCAGUAGAGUUGGCUUUGCUUUCUCUCCGAUCAUGAUUCUGUGGUUUGGAUGCACGUCAUCAAUUGGUGUCUAUAACAUCAUCAAAUUCUAUCCUGCGAUUUUCAAGGCACUCUCCCCGCACUAUAUUUUUGUUUUCUUUGACAGAAAUCAUAAGCAUGGAUGGGAAGUUCUUGGAGCAGUUUUUUUGUGCAUGACAGGUGGAGAAGCCAUGUUUGCUGAUCUGGGACACUUCACCAAGAAAUCCAUUCAGAUUGCAUUCUCAGCCUUCAUAUAUCCUGCACUAAUACUGACAUAUGGAGGGCAGGCUGCAUAUUUGGUAAAACAUCCAGAAAGUCUAAGAAGUUCGUUUUACAGCUCCAUCCCUGAUCCAGUGUUUUGGCCAAUGUUUGUUAUUGCCACACUGGCUGCCAUUGUUGCAAGUCAGUCACUAAUCUCUGCAAGUUUCUCCAUCACAAGACAGUCAAUGGCAUUAGGUUGCUUUCCCCGGGUCACAAUGCUGCACACCUCAAAAAGCCAUGAAGGCCAGGUGUAUUCCCCAGAAGUAAACUAUUUUCUCAUGGUGGCAUGCAUUCUCAUUGUUGCUGGUUUCAAAGGCGGUCCUGAGAUUGGGAAUGCAUAUGGUGUAGCCGUUGUAUGGGUGAUGCUCAUAACAACUUGUUUAAUGACUGUAGUUAUGCUUACCAUAUGGCACACAAAUGCCUUCCUUGUUGCAGUCUUCUUCAUGGUGUUCUUCUCCCUAGAGGGAACAUACAUGACAUCUUUACUCAACAAAGUUCCUCAAGGUGGUUGGGUUCCAUUUGCAAUCUCUGUGUUCUUCCUCAUAAUCAUGCUGUCAUGGACGUAUGGAAGAAGCAAAAAGCAUGAGUAUGAAUCAAAAAGGAAGAUGACUCCAGCUGAUCUCAGCCAGCUAAUCUCUGAAGUACAAGCCUGUUAUGUUCCUGGGGUUUGUUUAUUCUUCACAGACCUUGUCAAUGGCAUCCCACCAAUUGUCAGGCAUUAUGUCAAAAAUGUUGGUGCUCUGCGCAGAAUCACAGUGAUAAUUACCAUCAGAACUCUGCCCAUUCGAACUGUUCUUCCAGAUGAACGAUAUUUUGUUGGAAAACUGGGACCUGAUGGAAUGUACAGAUGCUUGGUGCAGUAUGGAUACACCGAUGUUCCUGGAAUGGAAGAUGACAAAUUCAUAGCUUCAGUCAUGGAGAAAAUCAAGGAACAGAUUGACAGUAAUGAUGAACUUACCAAACUUGAGUCUGCCAAAGUUCAUGAUGUAGUUUUUGUCAUGGGAAGAACAAUCCUGAGGUCAAGCAAGCAAAAUGGGUGCAUCGAUCGCAUUAUCAUCAAUUAUGUCUACCGUUUUCUGCAGAAGAACUUCAGAUCCACAGUUUCUAUGCUAGGAAUUCAUCCGGAGAAGCUACUGCAAGUUGGAAUCCUCUAUGAAAUAUAAGUCUUAGGGAAAGGCUAGUUUACUAUAUUCUGUUAUGCUGAUUGUUCCAUUACUACUGAUAACAGGAUCUCGUAGUGUGAAAAGGAGAAUGUAAUCCCGAGAUACGUUACAAACAUGAACCUCUUCAAGUUUUUAUAUUGCCUUUAGUUGUAUGUUUCUUCAGGCUUUG